AACCUGUUUCAAGCUCGCAAAACCUGCCGAAAAGUGGGUGUUUCUGGACUCUAGUGCGUUCGUGGUGCUCGCUCGUGUGUGUACUCGGAGGAAAAUCGAAAACCCCCGUUUGUUCCAUUGCGAAAUUGGCUUAGAAUAGAAUUUUCAAUCGCCGUGAAAAAAUUCUCCAAACGCUCUCUCGUGUGAAGGGCGGGCGAACCACCUACCACCCGACAACCCCAACGCCUUCUUAUUAUUCUUUCUGCUUUGCCCUGCGUGCGUGUGUGUGUACGUGGAUUUAUUUGGGGCUCGCUACGCUGGGGAUCGAAAAAUCGGAAAAACGCAUUUGCUCGUAGGCCAAAGCGCUACCUGCUGCUACCUGGAGAAGUAAUCCGCCUAGUAAACCGUCUAGUGUUCCGUGGAGACCGGGGUGCAGCUUGCCCUAAAAUCACCGGAUUUGCAAUAGUAAUGGCAACCCGAUGGGAGGAGGAUAUGUGGUGGGGCUGCAGUGCGAGUGCCAAUAAUAUUUGAAAGUAUUUCGAAUGCGACGUGGAGUGCGAGCCGCGAGGUUUUCUUAUCGCUGCCACCACAGUUCUUGGGGCUCUUCAUCGUUCGCUCCAAAUUCCAUAACUUCAUCAAAAGCAGAAGGGGGCUGUGUGCGUGAGCUGCUAGUGCGCGGUGUGGUCGUCGUAACAUAUUUCAUCUCGGACCGGUUAUGCUUGAGAGUGCAGCAGCAUUGGAAAGAUGUGAAAAUUUCGUUCCGACGCCAUCAUCGCUAGUAAACGGCCCCAUCGAGCAGCUGUGCUUGCCACGACCUGGAAUCAGCGAAACCACGAGUGCAGGCCAACUCUACUCAAUCAUCGACACACAUCCGUGCGGCAACAGUGUGAUAAUUGAUGAAACCAAUUCAAAACAACAAUCCACCGAAAGAAGAAAAUAGAAUAAAAGCAGCAAGGAUGGUAUAGGAGAGAAGGCAAAACGACGACGUAUAGUGUGAUACUAGGCAAUCACAACCACCAUCCAUCGCAUCGCAGCUAUGCACGCAUUCUUUGCGAGUCUGGAUGGAAUCGUUUGAUAAAAAUCUGUGAUAUUACUUCCACAACCUGGGUUAGAAUACCCUAGAUGAGCGAGUGUGGUUGCUGGAGUGUAACUAAGGGGGCAUAUAUCUCCGUCCUAAGAGGUCCGACGGAACAACGCAUCACGAUGCAUCGUGAAUGAAGCAGUUAGUGGAACAAGCUGCUUUCUCGUCCUACUCCGGUGGCGCCAGCAAAUUGAUUUUAGAUUUAAUCUAAUGUUAGCACAGCGGCAGCCAGAUGGUGAAGGUGCUCUUAAGCUUACGGAGGCUCAGCAUCAUCCGCAGGACUCGCUAACAAAUCAUAAUCGAAGUUAGUCGAGUUGAGAACAAUCAAUCUCUCCGAUCGAUCGUGUACCUGCGGCUUAACGGCGGCGUGGACUCGUGUGGGGUGGUACUUUCAAAAGGAAACACCAAAGUUGAUAAUAACCACACACAACAAAAUAUAACGCACGCGCACGCAUCCAGGCGCGCAAAGUAGUAGUUAAGUGAUCUAAAAGGAACGAAGCAGCAGCGGCGAUCGCAGCAGCAGCAGCAAACACUCAAUACCAAAUAAUCUACAAAACCCCGUGAUUCGAUGAUCCACGCUACACACACAGUGAUACAAUCUCUUCAAGUAUAGUGAAAUCUUCCAUUGUCGCUGCUAGCGAUUACAUAUACCUUUGAGGUUGUUUCCUCCGUGCGUGCCGCCAGAUUAGGGAUGGUAGAAUCGUCUCCCAAACCUUUACCGCUAAGCAACCUAUCAACUCCACUUGUGCGCGUAUUGAUGCCGUUGACAGUUCCACUGGGCAAUUGCCAUUUUACCUGAAUUUCGCGCUGCAGUGGUGCAUCAGCGCAAAGUGGAAAGGCACAAACCCCGCAUCGAGGGCAUUAAUGUUGUGGGAAGAAAGAAAAAAAGUGCUUAAAGGAAAAGCUCAAAUGGUAGAACCGGAAACACACAAAUCUAAUCUCCCUAUCCUUGGAUCGAAGCUGAAGCGCCGAAGAUGUAAUACGGUACAGCUGCAUCAGGCAGAAAGCUGUAACUGAAGUAUGCCAAUCUAUCUCUGCUAUUCAGCAAAGAGGCUAUGAACGUAGGACAAACACUGCGGGCAUGAGAUAACCACCAAAAUCAGCUUUAAUAUUGAACCUACUAGCCCUCUCUGUAAAGCAACAGGUGUUUCAUCGAUCGAUAUCGCUGAUCGGCAUGAUCAUUCAAAGAAACCAUUAAGCACAUAUAUAGAGUUGUUGUCAUCAGUAUCAGUCACCUGCACCUUUGAGCAAGUGUGUCGCCGAUACCUGAUCCCGGAACGCAAGGGCCCCGGCGAUCGACGGCGUCGUCGAUUCGCUAAGUGAUCGUCUAGACUGAAACGAACUGACGCGCGGUUUCGCGGCACAAAGCGGCAAGCAAGGAAAGGCCGAACACCGUUUCCGAUGUGCAGUGACGUGACGGCGUAAGGAGUCCCUACUGUAGGACACGGGAAUUGUGUAUCCUGAUUGUGUACCGCCAAAAACCGUUAUUAAAGUGAACUAAAGUGAAGUCUGCACAACGCAGCAAGUGCAGUUUCUCUUAGCUGGACGAUUCGGAAACAUUCCAAAAAGCAGUAUUUCUUGGUGGAAGGGGAAAUAGGAACUACAUAGGACUACAAAUACGGUAUUGCUUGCGUCGCGGUACGUUGCUGUUAAACAGUGAAGCAAGUGACAGUACGGCCAAAGGAAUACCGCCAUUACUUACAUAGCGAGGCCCAUGGCGAUACAAUAAGGCGUGCUCGUUUACUCCUCUAUACGUGAAACGCGCUCUACCGAGCGUUGGGAUGUGAUUUUCUUCUUUACCUGAUUAACUGUUAACGUUAGAAUUAGGUUCUAGGCUUUCAUUAGUAAAGCCGAAGUUUCGGCACUAGAACGCUUCGAAGGAUCCGAAAGCCAUACCAGGAUUCCGUAGAAGAGUAUUGGAGGAGUUUUGGAAGUGCGCAAGAACGACGGCAUCGCAAUGGCAACUGCCCAACAGAGCCCAACCAGCUUCGACGAUCUACUGCGGCUCACGGAGGUGCAGCGAUCGAUGGAAAGACAAGGUUUAGCUGGCGGUCGACUGUGCGGUGGCGGAGAGAGUUCGCUGAACAGUGCAGGAACAGUAGGAGCAGGAGCAUGGGGCUCUCCACCGGGUAGCUCAAGUUCUGCUCUUGCUAGCGGAUGGAACACGUCCGCUAAUCCCAUGACAGUGGUGGGCUCCCAGCAACAGCAGCAGCAGCAACAACAGGUGUGGAGCAGCGGACAAACCAGUUUGUCAUCAUCGGGCCCCCCUGGAGGUGGGCCACGCAGUUCAUCACAGGAGCUGACUAAGUCUAGUCUGGUGUCCCAGUCUGGCGGAAGUAUGAUCGUUGGACCGACGAAUGGUUCCGGUAAUCAGCAGGGAGGUUGGAAUCAAGUAGUGAACACAAACAAACCACCAUCUUCCGUGGGUUCUCAGCAACAAUCACAAGUGGGACAACAAUCGAAUGCUAACCCGAAUGGCUCAAAUGGAUCCAACCCAUCUGGUCCGCAGGCGCAGCAAGGCAAUCAACAGCAAUCGACAGCUGGAAGUGGCUCAGGAGGAGCAGGAGCUGCUGCUGCGGUUGCAGCUAUCGGAGGAGGAGCUGCAGUGAGUGGUCAAAUGGCUACGACACCUUCCUCGAAGCUGGAACAUCUGAACUCAAUGCGCGAGGCACUGUUCGCCCAGGAUGGUUGGGGUUGUCAGCACGUCAACCAAGACACCCAGUGGGAUGUACCAGCGUCACCGGAACCAAGCAUCAAGCCCGAUCCAACCCUCAAAGCGACCGUUAACAAUGGGACCGAGCUGUGGGAAACGAAUCUGCGUAAUGGUGGUCAGCCACCGGUACCGGCCGCAUCCCAGAAGACACCGUGGGGACCACAAAGCCAUCAUGGUGGUACCUGGGGCGUAGAUGAUGAGACGAGUGCUGAGCCAAGUAACGUGUGGACCGGUGCACCGGGGGCUGCUGGUGGAGGCCCACCUCCUCCAUCGGCUGGCGGUAACUCGGUACCGAUGGUUGGUAGUGGUCCAUCCGUUGGCGCUGGUUCGGCCAGUGGAUGGCAGCAGGGAGCAACUGGCCUUACUGGGGCUGGUGGUGUUGGAGGCGCAGGCGGCAGUAGUGCUGGUGGUAACAUGUGGCCACCGAGUGGUAUCGUUGGUGCAGGAAUCGCACCACCCAAGAAGGACAAUGAAUGGGGUGGUGGAAGUGGUGUGGGACCUAGUGGCGGCGGUGGCGGCUGGAAUUCUGGUCCUGGUGAUCAGCGUGGAAGCGGCGUACUCGGAGGAGGCGCUGGAGGAUCUGCUAGUGCUGGUGUACCGCCGCAUCUCGCCUCUCAGCUCGAUGGUUUGCCGUCGGUCGAUAUCCGUAGCAUGCGACCACCGGGUGUGCUGGACCAAGGACGUGAAUUCCGCGGAGAUCCUCGUGGCAUUUCCGGCCGGCUGAGCGGAUCGUCGGGUAUGCUGGAACACUAUCCAUUGGGAAAGAUGCCCCCACCGGGUGUGAUGUCCUCGGUUUCGGGAGGCAGCAACGCACCAGGUAACCAGGGUGGCAAUCAGUGGCAGCAGCUCAGUGGUGGCGUCACUGGUGGAGCCUCUGGUGGAGCACCUGGAGGACUUCCACCCGGAAAGUCGAUCUCAACAGGUGCUGGUGGUAGUGGCUGGGAUGAUAACUCUCCACCGAGCAUGCGUCGCAAUCCCAACAUCGAUGAUGGCACCUCGCUGUGGGCUAAUGGUCCGGGAGGAGGAGUAGGACAAGUUCGACCGGGAGCAGGUGGUACCGAUUCAAUGUUACGCAAUGGUCGUAACGGACCACUCGGUGGUGGUCUAGGAGCAGGUCCAAUUGGUGGCGCAGGCCCUCGUAUGCUCGGAGCUGCCGGGGGUGGUCCUGCUGCAAACCAGCUAAAGUCGGACAACAUGUGGAGUGGAGGUCAUGGCAGUGGUGGCGCUGGAGGACCGGUAGGUGUUGCUGGCGGUCCGAUGACACGCAACGGUUCCUGGGAUGAACCAGCAAUGGGCAAUGGAGGAGCAGGAGGAAAUUGGGACGACAAAGGAGGACCCGUUGGUGGUCCUUUAGGAGCAGGAGCAGGCUCCUGGAUGGAUGGUGGUGCAUCCGGUGCCGGCGCCCCUGGCGUUAACCAGGGAUGGAACAGUAAGAAACCACUCGGUACUGGCACUGGCAGCCUCUGGGCCGAUGGCAGCGGUAGCACCGGCGGUGCCGGCAAUGAUAUGAUGGGCAACGAUUGGAGUGGUGUAGGUCCGGGGCUAGGAAGCGUGACCGGUGCUGGUGGUAAGAUGCCCAACAAGUCGCACAUUGGUGGUAUCGGCAACGGGCCACUUGAGAUCAUACGGAGCAGCAAACAAUACCGCAUUCUGUGUGAGAUGGGCUUCAAGAAGGAGGACGUCGAAUUUGCUCUGCGUGCCGCAAACAUGAAUCUCGAAGAGGCUGCUGAAAUGCUGCAGAGAAAUGCCGGAGCCGGUAACCCGAACAUGCUCGUCGGAGGCGGUGGGUCUUCCAUUGGAAUCGGAGACUGGCGACGCGAUGAUCAUCCAUUGGGCGGUAGUGGUGCAGGCGGUGGAUCUUUGUCCGGCGGGAAUGGGAAUGCGGGCAGCAUGUUUGAACCUCCGUUCCCGGGUGGUCGCUAUCUUGGCGCAGGCAGUGGCGGUGCUGGUGGUAACAAUGGCACCGGAGGAGGUACCGGUGGUCCUUCCUUGCACUUCCAACAGAACAACCAAAAUGGAAUGUCUGGUGGUAGUGGUGUCGCAGGUAAUCCGAAUUUAUCUGGAUUGCACGCUCUUUCGUCAAAGUCAUUGGGUACGUAUCUGAACCAAGCUCCACCACAGAUGGGUGCUGGGGUUGGAGGGGGUGCCAACAUGACUCCGUUCAAUCAAGGUAUCAAUGCCGGUAAUGGUGGUGGCAAUGCUGGUGGUGCUGGUAAUGGUCAAGGAUCAGUGCAGCCUUCGACUCAGCUACGAUCGCUGGUGCAGCAGAUACAGAUGGCCGUUCAGACAGGGUACCUGAAUCCCCAGAUUCUCAACCAACCACUUGCCCCGCAAACUUUCCUGCUGCUAAACCAGCUCUUGAACAGUAUCAAGCAACUGCAGGUGACGCAGAACAAUUUGCAGCGCAGCGGAGGUGCGGGUAGCAACAACCAGAUUGCAAUGCUUUCCAAGAUCAAGCAGCAGAUCGCCAGUCUGCAAAACCAAAUCGCAACGCAACAGACCCUGUACGUCAAGCAGCAACAGCAGCAACAACAGCAACAGCAUCCACAGCACCAACAGCAUCAGCAACAGCAGCAGCAGCAGCAUCAACAGCAGCAGCACCAACAGCAACAUCAUCAGCAACAGCAUUCGACGGGCAAUAACCCUACCGCGCAUAUGGGUGGUGGCCAUAUGGGUGGCAACUUCCAUCGGGAGCAAAACGAUCUGGCCGCCCUGCAGCACGGGCUGUCCGAUCUGUCGCUUGGAAAGGACCACAACGCUGGGCCACCGUUUCAUCACGGUGGUACCGGUGGAGGCAUGGGUCAAUCAUCGACCAGUCAGCAGUCACGCUUGAACCAGUGGAAGCUGCCGGCGAUGGAGAAAGAUGGUAACAACCACGAUCUGACGGAUUUCUCGCGGGCUCCUGGAACAACCGCAAAGGCUGGUGGCGUUGCCGGUGGUAUGGGAACACUGGGCGGACUGCAAAGCGACAGUACCUGGUCAUCAGGACGCAGUGGUAUGAGUGAUACUAGCGGAUGGCCGGAUAAUAGCGCUGCCAAUGAACUCACCGCCAAGGAUGCUUGGUCGUCUAAUCAGGACUCGUUUUCGGAUCUGGUACCGGAGUUCGAACCUGGCAAACCAUGGAAGGGCACACAGAUGAAAAUUGAGGAGGAUCCGACCAUUACACCCGGUUCCAUUGCUCGCAGUCCGAUUGCUUCCAUAUCGGUUGGUUCGGCAAAGGAUUCGGAGUUGUUUGCCAACAGUAAUAAGCCUUCGCCCACCGAUUCGAUCAGCCUGUCUUCGUCGACCUGGAGCUUUAAUGCGAGCAACCACAACAACAACAACAACGCAAACAACAAUAGCACCAGUAGCAACAACAAUAACAACAAUAGCUACUCAUCUGGAGCUGGUACUGGUAUGGGCAAAUUGGGUGGAGCUGGAAAGAACACCUGGUCAGACAGCGGCGUAACGGGUGUGAGUGAUGUAUGGGCUGGCGGAAGUAGUGGUGUACCGAAAACCCCUCGUGGACCACCACCAGGUCUCUCUAGUGGCAAACCAGCGGGAACUCCUGGUGGACCCACUGGAACCAAUGGCUGGAUACAGCGUCCAAGCCAUAGCUCUGCAGGCAAUUGGUCCGCCGGUGGUGCAACCGGUGCUUGGUACUCGACUUGGUUGCUACUGAAAAAUCUGACCGCACAGAUCGAUGGUUCGACACUGCGCACGCUAUGCAUGCAGCACGGACCGUUGCAAAAUUUCCAUCUCUAUCUGAACCACGGUAUCGCACUGUGCAAGUAUCUGACACGCGAGGAAGCCAGUAAAGCCCAGCUUGCCCUGAAUAACUGCGUCCUGGGCAACACGACGAUCUGUGCAGAAUCACCGACUGACAGCGAGGUACAGGCCAUACUGCAACAUCUUGGAUUACCGGGUCAGAAUGGUGGUGGAACACCGUCUAGUGUUGGUGCUGGAGGCGGCACUGGUGUCAGUGGUAACAUGGGAAACACUGGCCUUUCACAGACGUGGCGCUCGCCAGCACCGAACGCCAACCGUGGGGCAGAUACAUGGGGCACAUCCUGGUCAACUGCUAGCGGUGGCAGUAAUCUGUGGACACCGCUGGAUGGGUCUGGUGAACGCGGUACCCCAUCGAAUCUAAACUCAUUCCUUCCAGAGAGCCUGCUAGGCAGUGAGCUCAAUUAAAAAGCUAGUUCGCGUGUCCGGUAAGUUCUGUUGUACCAGAAGUGAUGAUCACGAAGUGAAGCGGUCGAGCAGCAAUUAAUGCGAAAUACGAGCAUAGCUCCAAUGAAACAAUUCGGGAGUAACACCUUAAGAACUGUUUUUAAUUCCCCUCAAAAAAGCCGUGAAACCUCUUGCGCGUUAGGUAAGGAUAGCGAGAUGCAUCGUGAAUGUUGCUGAUAAUUUAUGUAUUUCUGUUCUUCCGACGUAUACCUUUAGCUAUCUACGCUGUUAUUUUGAAGUUUAAUAUUUAUUUGUUACUAUCUUUUAUUGUUUUUCAACACUGUGUGCAUGCGACUGUACGCAUAUGAUGAUGUAGAUUAUUACUUAGUCGACAAAGGGUGGGCCUACAUGCAAUGAUACACCUAUUUUCAUUUGUUCUUUCGUGGAUUGAUCCGGCUUCGUGGGACAAUAUCGCAAUGCCUCCCCAAUCUUACCGCGUUACUGUUGGUAUUUUGGGUAAUUGAACAUUCACCUCUUAAGCGUAUCGUCCAAAACUGAGAGCGGUAAAAACCAUUUAACGUAUCGUUGACACCAGCCGAGCGGAUAGGCAACUAUUUGCAUUUGCACAAGCAGUAAUCGUAGAUUUUUUUUCUCCAAAGAAGAUAAUAAAUGAACUAUGCAUUUCCUAUUUAUGGCACGUUGGGGGAAGGGGGACAAUUCGCUACCCAUCGUAUGAGCUCGUUAAUGUUUAUGGUAUAGAACAUGAUAUCUAACAUAUCAUCUCUCACACAUGCACAUCCACUUGACAAGAUCUCAAACAAAUGAACUGAAAAUUCCGUAUACUCGCUGAGUUGCCAACAAAAUACAAAAAGUGUUUCAAAGCGGAAUUACUAUUGAUAAAAAUCCAGAGGAGAGGAAAAGAAACCAUGGGAGAACGUUUACCUUUUGCUUCACUGAGUUCGUUUUUGGGUAAAAGUUUAAGUGAAAUUGUUAUAAGAACGAAAAGAAACAAAACAAAUCAAACCGAUAGUCUGCUUUGCACGUAAUCGUUUUAGGGGUUUUAACGAGCCGGAUAUCGUUUUCUGCAAACAACGUUUGCCAAUUUACAUAAUGCAAACAAGCACAGUCCAUGUCCCGAAGUAAUAUUUUGGUCUUCAUAUAUGACGCAUGGCAUUCAUGGCAGGUGGUCGGAAGACUUUACUGGAAGUACUGGAUGUCGAAACCGAAGGUGAUGGUUGUGAUUUUCUAUGCCAAGCUAACCGAAACGCGGAACAAACAAAACAAAACAAAAUCAUUUUACAACAUUAGACCUUACUAAGUCUCUUAUUAGCUUCGAUGAUUGUCAUAAGAAGUAAGAACGGGUUGUAUCGGUUGCAUCGGCCAUACUUUUAUAUGUAAAUCGAUUGGUGGUUUUUGUGUUCACACAUCUCAAUCAGAUAAGUCUUCUUUCUGAGCAAGUUUUGCUAGCAUGUUUCUCUGUAUACAUCGUACGAUCCUUCUUAUGUAGCUUGUUAAUUUUACUUUUUUUAUUUUGCGUUUGUAACAUUGUCUCUAGAAGAUUAAUUAAAAAGAUGGGAACUUUGGAAGCGUACAAUAGCGCACAUGAAAGCAAACUCGCAUCCACCAUUACGCGAUAUCAAACUGCUUAGGAAUAUAAACCGUUCUACAGGCGACUUCGCAAAGAGAACAUUGCGAAACAACUAGCACUUAAUAUUGGUUGUAGGAACCAAGUGACGAGGGUAUAGUAGAAUAUAUAUAGCUACACAUUGCUCUUACCCUAUUAUCAAGCGCAUCUUAUCUAAAGCAAUAUUUCCUAGAUCAAAGUAGUGAAAGGGAUGUGCUGAACAGGUCAAGCGUUAAGUGGGAGAGGGAUAAGUGCAGAAUGAAACAAAAGCAAAAAUCAAAUAGUGUUAAUAUAUGAAAGAAAAGCAAAAAUAACAAAGUUCAAUGUAAUCAUAAAUGUUCUGUCCUUGAAUGAAUAUCGAUGUCCGUGGAUUUUUGGGUGGUAGUGAUAGAGCGGUGAUCGCUGAUCGCCAAUAAUUUUAUAUACAUGAAUUACAUGAAUGUUUGUGACUUUGUGUAAUAAUGCGGCCACCUCUACCUUUCGGGCUCAGUUUUAUCCGAUGGGUUGGUACGGUUGGAGCAUCUUAUAGGCCAAAUAUGUGAUAAAUAUAAUAUUGCUUGGUUAGAACCAGACAGACACUUGAACCAGAGCCUUCGAUAUAACAAAUAUGAGGACAGGUAAAGGAAAAGUAGAACAAACAGAAGUGAUUAACAAUGAUUAAGUGCAAUGGAUCAAACGAAUUGUGGCGAAAAUGUCGUUAUAGUUCGUCGGCUUGCUGUAAGGCUAUGAUAUUUUGUCAUCAUUAAUUAUGAAGUUAUGACAGUGAAUCCUGUGAAGAAUGACUGCAUGUGUCUUUCGUUUAUGACCUCUAAGGCGUAAAACCUACUAUUCAAACGUUUUUGAUAUUGCUUUUAAGUUGUGUGUUUUUCGACUCAGGCGUUCAAUGACGAUGGGCUAUGCGGCAAGUUCGCGAGUCAGCACCAAACCUGAUUCAUUACGCUACGUGUCCGUACCGCAAUAAUGCUAUUUGUUUUAUCAAAUCGAACAGAGGCGCACGAUUACCGUGGAGUGGAGAGGUGACAUUAAUGGAACGUUCUUGUUGCUGUUCCGUUGAUCAACCAUCUAUAUAAAUGAUGCCAUUUGUAGUGGAAAAGAAAAAAACCACAGCAGCAGGAAAAAAUGAAACAAAAAAAAAAUGAAAAAGGGAAAAGCGGCAAUCCAAACAAGUGAUCCAAAGACAUACAAACUGUACACGCUGACUUUACUGGUGACAUGUGUUGCGCAGUUCCUUCGUCUUCAACAAAAACACACUGCUUCAUUUAUUGUAAUACAAACUAGAGGUCGCCGAAGGGGACAAAAAAACAAACCUUAAGUGAACGCACCGGUGCGUAUCCUAUACGAAUUGUGUGUACAAACUUUCUAGUAGUAGUACUUGAAAAACAACAACGUAUAACAACAAUACUGUAGCAGUAAGGAAGCAGCUAAGUAAUCUGGUAUGUGCAAGUAAUUGUGAAGAUGUUAGUAAAGCGAGGCAUAUUUUAUCAUACAAAUGCUACAAUUGCGUUGCCAUUCGAUGACAUUGGUUCACUGGAGAAAAACGACAUUUAAACUGCAUCGAUGCAUAAACUGCAGCGAUGAGCAUGUAGGUAAAAAAGAGGUUUAAUUGGUUCGUAGCUAAAACAUUAAUACAAAAAAAAAAACAGAACACUCUAAGACAGUCGUUUGAAAAACGUAAAAAAAUAGUAUUAGAUUGUACAACAUCGGUCGGCGUUCAGCGUCGAUACCUAUUUAUAAUAUAUCACAAUUGAUGAGUCCAGAAGAGAGAUAUUCACAUAGGAACACGUAAAAUGACACAAAAAUCAUUUGAACAAAAUGAAGAAUUUAUGUGAGUGUGAGAUUUUUUAAGAUUUACUGAGUUAAGUAAAACCAUAAUAAAAGAGUUAGAACCAAGUAUUAACACCUUAUACUAGGUGAAUUAAACAUUCAAAUAUAAGCUGGAGGAAAGAAAAAUACAACCAUACAUGCACACACAGACGCACGAAAGCCAAACAAUCAUCAAUAAAAAUUAAAUAGUGUGUAAGUGGGACAUGGAUAAAUAUUUCUAGAAUACCGAAUUGAUUCAAAGCAUUCAAGGCGACCGUCAGCGUAAUUCCAUGUGGUGUCGCUUCGUGUGGAAUCUCGAACCGAGUGAAAAUGACAAAAAAAGAGAAUAAAAUCCGAAUUAUGACAAUAUAUUUAUGUAACACGAAGUUCUGAGCGUAAACCAAUACUAUGCUGAACCGAAGAUGUUAUCAAUCUUUGAACGACAAACUAAGCUGUUGCUUCGUCACCUACCCACUCACUCAACCUUUUCACGAUUAUCAACGGGAGUAACUGCGAGAGGUAUACUCCCGCAACGAACGUAUCAAUCGCGUUGUGUCACGCUAGUUUAAUUUGGUUUAUACUACCGUUUCGUUACAUUACACUUUACUAUCGCUAUAACGAAAAGGGAGUCUCGGGUACAGGUGGCGUUUUGCUGCGUUUCUCGAUUCCAUUUAUCGUUUCUGAUAGUAAAAUUACCAAUGGUUGGGCGAGAAGUGACGUUCUCAAACACACACACAUCCACACUGAACUAGUUUUUUAUUGUGGGUCAGUGGUUGAUUGAUUUAUCAUUCCAGUGGGAAAACGGAUCACAUAAUGCGCUACGACGUAAUAGGAUCCUUUUCCUCUAGUCAUAUUAGGGAUCAACUACAAAUAUGCGCCAGCGGCUAAAGCAAUAGCUAUGAGCAAUGGAAACAGAAAUGAAACAUUUAAUCAAGUAAAGAAAGUAAAAAUCAAAUGCCAAAAUUUUGCAUUACAUCUUUCGCAUCGUAAGCAUUAGUUAUAAACUGAAGGGAAACUGAUGAACCAUGACUCGAAGAAGCUGCUACGAGAAAGUACAGGUCAUCCUCAUUGGAUAACGGAUCCUAUCACAAAUAAUGCAACUGAACCAUCUUUUUAACGAAGAGUAAAAAUCGUGUUCCUUACCUUUUCCAAAAACAAAUACCGCAAAACAAAAAAUCCUAUCGAAAUAACUAAGAGAAACUAUAAUAAGUGUACUUUCCUCCUCUUCUAUGUACUCUUAGUGUGAACCAUUAUAUUACUAUACUCGAGUAACCAAUCCAUUAUGCUCUAUUAAACUCUUCUAUACACUGUAAGACUUGUAAGCAUAUAAGCGAACUGCGACGAGACAGCGUCAGGUGAAUGCGUGUCGAAAUGGCUUUGUUCGAUGAUCGAGAAAACCAAUAUUGCUAAAACUUGUUGGCACUUGGUCAUAAGAUUAGACAAGGUUCGGACAAGUAAUCAUAAUAACUGAUUGAUGGUGCUCUUGAAUUAAAUAAUAAUAACAAUGAAACAAUGAAAUUCGUUGCCAUCAUGGAAGGCAAACUGAACCGACUUAUCAAGACUAAAACCGUUGAGAAGGGAUUAGACAAAAAGAUUUUAUUUGAACCUAUGAGGCUUUGAAGGAAUGCUGAUAACAGUUGAUAUCGAAUAGGAGAAAACAUUGAAUCGUAAUAUGGUAGCUAAAUGGUGUCGAUUCAUAUGAUGAACUAUCGCAAAUGGUAAAUUUAUAUCAACCUUCUAUAGUGAGAAGAAAUGAUUGUAUUCUAAAGUUUGGAUGGUUAUGGCGAAACAAAAAAAAACAAAAGAUAACAAAAAAAAAAACAAAAAAUAUUUUUGAAAUAUCAUGAAAAGGUAACAUCCAUUUUUACAACAAAUUACUAAACAAAUACAUUGCGAAAGUAUAUCCAAAGUAUAGCACAAAACGAGUGGAAUUAAAUAUCGUGAAGUGAAAAGAAAAACGUUUCGUUUUCCAAUAAUUACCAUAGCGCUACGUUUAUAGUGUGUGGUGUGGCAUUGGUUUUCUCGAGACAAUUUAUGAAUUGCAGGUUGCUGACGAAAAGGCCUAAAGUGUGUGAGAGACUGGACAUCUGCAUGGCUGCAGAUCGACCAAAUGUACGUGAAUUGGGUAUUCAUGACCAUUGGAACAAUCCGAGGUGUCAUGCAAAAAAUCCUAAAUGAUUCAAAGCACAACAUACAUGGGAAAUAGCAACACAUUUCGAAAUCAACACCUAAUUGCUUGUGUUACAAUCUUUUGAUGUACGGCGAUGGCUAGUGGAUGGAUUCCUUUACGCCGAACGCCCAUGAUAUGAAUAGAAACACUGUCAUUUGAUUGUAGAUGCCCCAUAGGCUGUGGUAACAUGUGCUAUAGAAUGAUGGAGAUUUUCGACACAGCAACUCUAGCAAUUGUUUCUCGAAAACAUAACACAAAGGAAAACUUUAUGCUGAUGAACAAAUAUUCGUUAAUGUGACAAAAUACCAUUAUAUCGCUCGUAAUAGAAGGACGUGGUAUUAAAAUCAUAGACAAGCGAGAAUAUUUCGACGUAACAUGAUUAGAAUUCAAUAAUAGUGUCAAUAUGAAGAUCUGGUAGUCGGGUAAUUGUUAUGUGCUUUCCGCUGCUUUCCUCUUUGUGCUUUCCACAUAUUAAGUGUAUAGUAAAAAAAACUCCAAAUUAUACGUGUAUUACAGAAGCUCAACAUUAAUGUAUUUAAAUGCUUCAAAUUUCAUGUUUGAAACUGGAAAUGGGAAAACUAAAUAUUGCAAUUAAAAUUUGCUAAAAUCGUGUGCUGCGUAUAUCUCUGAAAGACAACUGAAUAGAUGAAAAACCAAUGCAGUCAAACGGAUGGUUUGUCUCUUCAUGAAUAAUCCUCGAUUAUGAAACGCGUAACGAUGGUACAUUGUAGCACAUGUUACUUAAGAAAAUCUCAUUAUCGCCUAUUUCAUUGGCUUCGGUCAAUGAAUUCUUCUAGCUUCAAGGUAUAAAUUUGUGAUGUAACUAAUUAUGUAAACCUAAGUAUCUAAAAUUGGAUUAAUUGUUAAAUCGAACCCUUAAUUGUAAAUAAUUUCGUUAGUGGUCAGAAUGCCGGUGCUGCAUCAUAAAGACUUGCACAAGUAAUUUAUGGGCGGUGAGUUAUUUCACCUGAACUUAUCAAUUGAAAGGGAGAAACUAAUUAAAACAUUCUCUACGUGUUUAUGUUUAAUUUCCACCAGGGGAUAAGUGAAUAUUUUGUUUAGCUUUGACUUUUUUGUUUCAGUAUUGUUUACUAUUUUACGGGUUUUUGUGAUGUUCGCACGAAAAUGCACACCAUUACGUAUAGAAUUACGAGUACAGAGGCAACACUAGCUGAUAAGAUUUCUUUAAUUUUAUUACACUCAAAACCUCUACUUCAACCACAAUGAUAACAGUGAUAGGAAUGGUCUUGCUGGUUAAUUGAAUGUAACAUUAAUUUUAGAUCGUCAAAAGAGGCAUCUAGUUUUUGUACCACUCGUGCGCAGCAAUCACAGCUACAUAUGCAAUGGUUGCAAUGGGCUCGCAAAUUAUCAAGCCGCUUAUUGAAUGAAGUAGUUCUUUUGAGAAUGACCAAUGCAUUCAUACUACUUAUCAGAGUAUCAUAAUCAAAGUAUAAAAGCAGUCAUUUAAAAAUACAAAGAAGUCGUAAUGACAUUGAGUGCCUUAAAGACUGCCACACAGCUCUUGACCUGAUAGGAAUUUGAAUUUGUUCGUCCUUCAUUAUCUUUCAAUUCAGUUCUCUCAUAUAUUCGAUCAAAAACAAAUUUCAUUGAAGAAAACCGACCGAAUGUAUGAGCUUAAAAGGGCUAGUUCAAGAACAAUGGAGAAUCAAAGUUAAAGAUCUGCGUGUGUAUGGACCCAUCAUACGGCCCUCACACAUCUAUGUUUUAAUCUCAAAGAUCUAGAAACUGCAUAAGGAUACCAAAUCUAGCGUUGCUUAACAUUCAAAUAUUUUUUAAAAAUAUUUGGCGAUACAUUUCAUUCUGCAAAAUUUGCCACAUAAACUGAUUUUAGUUUGCAAUUUGGUAGGAGAAACAAACGGAGAACAGUCCAUGAGCUGACUGAUUUUGUAAAGGAACAAUCAUUUAUAAAAUAUGAAGCAUUACCAUAUGCCAGGGAAUCAAGCUAAAGGGAGCUCAUAAAAAGUCAAGAAAACAAAUCGUCAGUUGCAACACACUAUAUACUGGCCACGAACAAAAACGAAAAAGUUAACUUUUCUAUUUAUUAUAGAUGUUUUGCGUUGUCUCUUUGUAUAUAUUUAACAUUUGAUUUAUAUUGCUAAAUCCCAGUACCCAAAAUGGAAAUGAAUUUGGCAUCGAUGUUCAAGAUCGAAUACAUAUCAUCGAUUAAAAUUCAAUUCUCUCUAAUAUCGGCAUGAUGCUACGCGCUAAAAAUGUAGUCUUUCAGUUAUAAAACACAAUAAUUGAGCGAAAAUUGAAGUGUUGGGAAAUUCGGGAUAUUGUUACUUAUGAGCCAAGUUAGUGAUAUGUCGCGAUCACAUGUUUUCACUGAUCAUUCCACCUGAUCAUCGGCAGUAUACGAAGUAACUGUAACUGCGAAAGUACAAAUCGAUGGUCGAUCGAUGCAAUGAACUCAGAAUGUCUGAAAGGAUUCCGAAACGAAUUUCAUCUGAGUUGACAUCGACUAGAUCGAAACGAUUGUUCGACUGUACACACAGGGGCAUAUUACCGUGGACCGUGAGGAGGACAUCAUCAAGCGUCAUUCGAUUUGUGUUUGCGGACAUAGGACAAUGCAAUUGCACAAUCAAACACAAAAGGAGAUGUUUAAUCCACUACAAUCAGGUGCCACAGAUUAGUAUCACAAAAUGUGCAAUUCGGAAGUCGUCUUCAACAAGUGCGGUGUGACUGAAAACAUGUCGUACAUCUCUUAACACAUAAUGCCAGGAAGCGGUUGUUAGCGAAGGAGGUGUGAGCAAUCUGCAAUGAUUCUACCAAAAUCAGAUGUGCAAUCAAAACACAAAGAAUGGGUUCACUCUUUUGCCUGGGACCUGGGCAGUUGAAGAAGAAGUGUUUGCACACUAUAAUGUACCUGUGAAUGCGGAAUACGUUGAGCAGACAGCAAGCGUCACGGAUAAUUUAUGGUGCAAGAAAGGAACCAACAUUUGCAUGCUAAUGACAUGAUGGAUAUUAUCACGGUGAUAGUGGAAACAAUAGUUCUGGGUAAUAUAAAGUGUGUUGAAAUAGCAUCAUUUUAUAACCGCACUGGUACACAGGGGCAGGUUAAAUAAGAGGUAAGCGAAAAACAAAAUCGUUCCAAAAACGUUAGUAACACGGUGCUAAACAUGGAGAACACAUAGCCUACAAGAAGAGCAGUCAAAAGGACUCACGAGAAGGAUUAUUGGGCGAGUGCUUGCGAUUGAUUAGGAAUUAGAGUAUUGCUCUACGAUCCUCAAAGAACGCAAAUUUCAAGCCAAUGUCUAGUUAUCUACUAUACGGAGCGAUAUGUAAUGUUUUGUUUGACAUUACUAACGUACAGGGCGAACAAUGUCUUAGAAUAAAAUACGCUAAGUUGAAAUUCAAAAGGCGAAGUUAGAUAAAACAUUUGCGGGCAAAUUCGAAAAAAAUCUUCUUUAGAAAUUGAUAACUCACAUCUAAACCCAAAACAAAGCAUAUAAAAGGACAAGAUGUGUGAAACGUCCUUUUCCGUAGGGUUAAUUUUCCUUCCUCAUAUAAUUAGACGAUCAAUUAAUGUAAGUGUACGAAUCCAGGAACAGAUAGGGAAUCUCUUUCCGGCAUAAAAAGCUUAAGACGAGCAACAGGUAGUAUGGAAAGUAAAAUCAUGUUGUAUGAUGUAAAACAAUACCACACCACCAUUUAAAUAGGGCGAUCGCUAGUGAUAUUAUCGAGACAUGAUCGCCUUAUUCACUUGACCAAUAUAAACACCGAAACCACAACAACACGCAUGCAAACCAAUUCUCAAUAUUUUUAACUCCUCAUUGGAGUGUGCGCUAGCGUUUCCUCGAAAAGGCAAAUGAUAAAUCCUAAAUGAAAUCUAAAGGCCCAUGCCAACGAUGGAAACGAUGCAUGUUGAACAAAAUGACGAAUACCACCUAAAACAACCAAGCAAACCAUGUUUUUCUCUUUGAUAAGAAAGCGUAUUUUCAUUAGGAAAGAUAAUGUAGACAGCUAAAGUAGAACAGUGUCGCCCCAGCAAUCAUUAAACCUGUGUCAUCAAAAGCUCAAUCAAAAUAAUUCAAGGAAAUCAAGUGCAGCGAAGAUAAGAAAUUGUGAACAAACACGUUGAAGAUACCAAGUGAACCUAAGUGCGUGUCGCGGAUGGCCAAAAUGCAACACAGAUCUUUAGUUCACAUCAGGAUUAGUUUAGGCUAAUCCUUAUCCCGCUAGUGGUCAUAAAUGAUUUUAAACAGGUGCGAAUCGUAUGGUUCGUUGCUGGUAGAUCAAAUCAUUCUUUUGGUUUGGUUUAGAUAAUGAAGUAAAGUGCAAUUAAUUCGCGACAGUUUGGUGCAUCACAACGAAAGCGUUUCGCUGUACAAUGUAUCCAUUCAGGCAAACAGUGAUUCGUAUUACAGCUUCGCGCUGCUAUGUCCAAGGUUAAUAUUUGUUUGAUAAAAUCUAUAGAUUAGUUGUGUUUAUGCCUAUGUUGAGACUGAUUGGCGAAACAAUAUGCCAUGUCGCACUGUAGACAGUAAAUCGAGGCUAGGCAAUGUGGAAUUUUGAAUUAUGAGACCAAAAGGUGAAAUCCGAACGCGGAACGAAUCAAUUUUAAGAUACAAAAUAAUUCGCCAAAUGUUGCGUGUUGUGGGAGAAUAAGCAAACCUGUUUAAGCUUCAUUGCUGCCUCGAAUAAUCUUCCCCAAUUUCCUUUAGAAAAACCGGGCGCAAACCACGUAAGGGAAAAGCUAUUUUGAAGGAAAAUAUAAUUCGAUUCUGGGCUUCAAAUACUACUGAAACAAAAACCAUGAUGCCACAACGUGCGAUAAAUCAAUAAUUUAAUGAUACUGUAUAGGAGACAAACUAAACAAAAUGAUAGACAAAUCUAUAUCAACCAAUAUAAUAUUAAGACGGUUCGUCCAACGCGAAUCGAUUGUUUUAUUCGCCGAAUCAAUCGGUGGUGCCACCGAAGAAAUAAGAAACAAAAAAAUGACCGCAGUGACACAAAUGAACGCGGAGAAGAUGAAUAAUCGUUCAUACGCUGUUUUGUUUAUAUAGUGUAAGGAGUAGAACACGACAAGGAUGCUUUGCGCUAGGACCUAGAAUCAUUGAUUCUGAACGGUCUUAUUAGGGUAUAAUGAAGACAAACACAGACAGUGUCAGGAGGAGCGGCGAUUCAAGGCCGAUACGAGUGUUUAUGCUAUCGUGUAAGCCAAAUGGGUUAUGUACUUUGAUUUCUUCAAAACGAGUUGACUACUUCCCCAUAAGCCUUAGCCGCUGGGUUGAACAAUACUCGCCUGGAGAGAAACAGCACUAAAAUGAACUUUUAUUAAAAAGAUAGAUAAUGAGGAUAAUGAUAAAUAACGUUUGAUAAAACAAGUGAAAACAAUAGAACAGCCGCGAAGCGAAAAUCCAAUAGAGGCAAAAGAAGAAACUUCUCUUAGCAGAGCGUGAAAUAGUAAAGAAACGCGGGCGUUCCUUCAUCUCUAACUUUCACUCAUGAAAAUGUGUGCAAAAUGAGUCAGUGUUUCGUCAGGCUAGAUACAUACGUCCAAUGGAACUAAAUGGAGAUCAGUAAAUGAGUUUUAAAUACCUGAGCAAAAUGUGCGUUUUGCGAAAAAACCAUAACCAAUAAUAGUCGAUACAGCAGCAUCUGAGGAGGCUAUAAUUCAAUAGGCAUGUACAAACAUGUAGAAUAACGGCAAGCCGCUGGAUUGACGUGUGAAAUUAAAAGAGCAUUGUAUAAACCUUUUCGGUUUUUGAGUCCUGCGUUUAAUUGGAAUGACUUGCGGCGCAUUCCAAAACUAAUGCUCAUCGUAAUAAACUAAAUUGAAGCAUGGAACAUGUUGCAUGAAGCAUCAAGUUUUUAGUUUUAAUGGUAUGGUGGCUUUUGCUUUAAUCUGCCUUCCAAAAAAUCAAAUUCGUUUUCAGUAGAUUUUCGCUCUGUGCGUAUUUAAAUAAAUGGUUCAAAUGAAACACACAUCAAUUGCUCGAAUGGUGUGCCAAAUUGAAAUAUACACAACACCAAAUUGGUCAGAUUGCAUCGAAUGCAGUGGAAUCUACCCUCGAGGCAAAUGAAUGAGUUCAUAAUGGGUAAUGUGGUUUCCUUUUAUGCGUUGAAGGACUCCUCAUAAGCAAUUGUCGAUGUUUGCAAAUGUUGAUAGGAUAUCAGUUUCACAGAAAAUCUAGUCAAAAUUCUUUUUAGUUUUGUUUUAAACUUCAUCUACUGAUCUACUAUCAAAUGUUCAGCACCAUUAUUUUCCAAUCGUUUGUCGUUAAACUAACGGCACUAAACUCUAAAUCACCGUAUCUAACACGAUAGUGAAACGUGAUUUCACAGAUGAAUAAUUGUUAGUCGUGAUUAAUUGAUUCGAUGGGUUACGAUGGUAUGCAAUGUUUCAUCCAGAAAACAACGAACCAACGGCGGAAAAGAUGGGGCAUAUGAAAACAACCAAGAGCAGUGAACCGAUCACAAGUCUGGGAAAAUGGGAAACCGCGUCAUUGCUCAC